AAUCGCGAGGGUGACUCCUGCUGAACUUACAGGUGCGACUGUCGCACUCGAUGAGUUCGUCGGGGAGGUUGAUGGCGUGUCCACACCUCAAGUAGACAUUACGGACGUGUCGCCAGCAGCACAUGACUUAAUGAAACGAAGUGUGGUAGUGGUGAAGUGGUAAAGGAGGAGAGGCUUUGAAGGUGAAACGGGCUGGUGGAUGAGAUUUUAUGGGUCCAAGUGUGCACCUUUUAUCGUGUCUCGUGGGCUAUGGCGGAUGCGUCUGAACAAUUUUAUAUAGCUGUUUGCUCCUGGCGCCAAGUCCUGUGAUGAUUGUAGAUGGAGCCGUCAUCUGUGUAAAUCAAGAACAGAUUGCUCAGCCAUAGUUAACGAGACAGUUGUUACCGUGCGUCAUUUGAUAGGGUUUUGAUAGGACCUGGACUUAGCAAACACUGAUCUGAUACCAUAGAUUUUGGCGUUUUCGCUAUAUCAAAUUUACAGUGAACCUGAAGACCGCAAAAAUACGAUAUGCAGGAGACAACCCUUGGGUACGGCUGUAGAGAAAGCACCGCCCCCUUGGUGGCUCUUACGAAACCGGCAUACAAAUUGACGGCGCAAACGUCAAAAAUAUUGAAGGGAGCAGAGAAUCUAACCGCAUUGUGGAGUAUAUCGCUGCAUACGUCCGAUAUUCAGGAUGAAAUGUGAUUUCGGGUU